GGAAUCUGCAGUUUUACACUGACCACCAUGUCCUCGCAACAUAACGAUCCUUUCUACCUAAGAUACUAUACAGGGCACUCCGGAAAGCAUGGACACGAAUUUCUGGAGUUCGAGUACUCUCAUGGACGUCUGAGAUACGCCAACAACUCUAAUUAUCGGAAUGAUAGUCUCAUUCGUAAAGAAAUGUGGGUUGGACCUUUGGUCGUAAAAGAGCUUAAAAGAAUAGUGGAGUCAAGCGAGAUCGUCAAAGAAGACGACACGAAUUGGCCCAAGAAAAACAUCGUCGGGAAGCAAGAGUUAGAGAUUCGGAUUGGAAAUGACCAUAUUGCUUUCGAGACCGCGAAAGUUGGUUCUCUGGUUGACAUUCAAGAUAGCGAAGAUCCAGAAGGCUUGCGAGUGUUUUACUAUCUCAUUCAAGAUCUUAGGUGUUUGGUCUUCUCAUUGAUUUCCCUCCACUUCAAGAUCAAACCUAUCUAAUUACUCGGCGAUUCAUCGCUCUUGACCAAACAGCUGUGUAGGCACUUCCGUUUCGUGUAGAUCGCCCCUUGUCAAGAAAGCGUACAAAUUACAUCUUUGUUGGUCACUUUACGAAUAAAAUUUGUAUUCUACAAUGUUUUGUUGAGCUGUAAGGGGUGGCGCGCAUCGGGUUUCACUUGGUCAGAAUACAGUAGCAAAUCCCGACCUGGUUACCAAGGAUUCAGAGGCUACGGUGCUUCCUUACCUGGCCCUUGAUGCCCUCUACUUUUAUCACCACCGGUUGUAUGAUUGAUGUUCUCCGCUCAUCGUAUUUCCAAUGUUCCCUUUUCUCCUCUUCCGAAACAGGCUCUCUG